CACCGACAUGCGUGCCUCGCCCACCCCUGCUCCCGCACCGCCUCCCCCACCGCCAUCUCCAAUAUUAGAUGAGAGCUCAAUUCUGAUCACAACAGUAGUUGAGAAGAGCUAUGAGCCAAUCGAUGUUACCAAAUCGUGGGUGCUAGGCCGCAUGCCAGUAGACCAAAUUGGGCCCCAGAAUUCCAAUUGGAAUCGAAUAAAGCAAGCGAAAUGGAUAUUCGUCUGUGGGAAAAGCUACGAUAGCAAGUUCUGCUGCGUUGCGGUACAUGAAGACUAUCUUCCGUGGCUUCGACGUUUAGGGUUGAAGUUUGAAAUCCCCCUCCCACUCGAGCCAGAAGUGGGGAUCCGGAUAAGAGGCUCAUAUACGGCUGCAAUAAAUGCCGAAGAACGGUGUUUCAAUGAUGCUGUCAACGCAAUAAUCACCGGGUGUGACCCAGGACUCGGAUCACGUUAUCGUGAGCUCGUCCCACUACGACUACGAGGAACGCUCGAAUGGGUAAUCGUGAGCCACGAGGUGCUAGAAGAUUCAAUGGUCCGUACCAAAUUCGUCCAAAAUCUGUUCUUUAUCGUUCUCAACGUCCUUAAUGACUACGAGACACCUCUUGCGCUCGAACUCCUUGGGAAAAGUGAGAACGAAUUACUCGAGACCUUUUGGAAAGUGGGUAAUAUACGUGGCUGGCGCCCUAAACGUCACUUGGUCGACGCCGAUGACCUUCACUGGGUUUCAGUUCUCAGAUUCGUUAUUCAAUUUUCUAAUGGGAGGGAAAACUUUUUGGAGGGAUACUAUGACCUAGAGUCCACACCCAUUCAGAAUGCCACCCUAUGUAGCGUCUUUAUGAGUAUUGCUGCGUCAAAGCCCUUUGGAAGUUUUGAUGUGCAGAAAAUGCGCAACGCUCUCUCAAAAUCCAAGGUAUUCGAUACUGUCGAUGUUAGUAAAUUGGAAAUUGGGACUUGGACUCUAAAAUUGGGGAAUCUCCUUCCAUUUGGGAAUAUUCAAUACGCGGUUCUUCCGAAUAUGAUCCAAGGCGGACUUGGCUCCGAACAGCUGAACCUAGUUCGAGUACAAAUCGCACAUAUUUACCAACAAUACCCUUUCUUCAACAGGAGAGAGAACGAUGUACUAGUCCUUCUCACAUCAGGCCUAAUUAAUUCAAUAGUGCGUCGAGUUGUCACUGAAUGGUCACUCUCAAACGACGGUCGGAGUACAUUUGAGGGAAUGAUCAACAACCUUCAGGGGCCACAAACAUGCGAGGACCUCGGAUUAAACUUGGCAGCCUUAUUGUGUUAUCGACGACUUCGUGGUGUUCAAGACACCCCUAGAACCACAAAUGGCUCAUACCUUUUAGACUUCGACGCUCUCUUAAAUUUCAAGCCUCUGUAUAACGAGCAAGCGACCCUCGAACAGAUGAUGUUAUCCUUUUUGAGGGUUCUUAAAACAUUCAAAGGCCGAUUUCAGGAUCUCCAUCGAUUCCUAACCGCUACCCUCGGCAUGGAGGACACGCCUGUACUGCAUCCCCUUGACGGAUAUUCGGAUCAGUAUUUCAACCGCAGGAUUGAGUACCGACCGGGCCAUGACGGUGCUUUUGAAAAGGCAAAGCUCCAGGCUUUGAUGAAGUUCAUAGAUUUGAACCCGGUGGAAACGGGAACGGAUGAUGAUAACGAUUGGGACACGGUCUCGUUAGUGGGAAAGACAGAAAAGCUCGGCAUCAAAUAACCAGCAGCUCUGCUAUAUGCCUUGCUUGGCUUGAAAAUACGUUUUGCUGCGAUAAAGCAGCGUUCUCCUUUUGUAUGAAGAAUGUUGUUCGCGGCACUUUUAGCAAAUUACAUCUCCG